AUAAAGGGCUUAUUUAGUAAUGCUGAAUGGACUGAAUUAACAAAAGAAGACCAACUGAAAAAUUUCGAAAUAUCAGAUGAAUUGGCUAGUCGUAUGAUUUCUUAUAAAAAAAAAAAGAAGUUAAAAGAAAUCAGAAGUAAUUUCAUGAAAUCUUAUCUCAACGAUGGAGAAACUUAUAAUCCUUCUUUGCACCAUGAUAAAGAAUGGAUCCAUCAAUCAGACCGUGGAAGAAGUCCUAAUUUAAGAAAGUACGAAAUUAGUGUUACAGGUCAAAAUCUUGAGUUGGAAAAUAACCUUUUUGUUUCAUAA